AUGUCAAAUAACUUUGAGGAUUAUAACAUAGUUGCAAUUGGAGAUAGUGAUGCCUGGCAGAAGUUAGGAUGUGAAGUGUCGAAGAUAAGAAACUGCAGACUUCUACAAAUACCAACCUUACAAAACCCGUACAGUGUUACCGACAAUUAUAUGCUAAGGACUAUUUUUCUUCUUCCGGAUGCGAUCACUGUAUACCAAGGAGCCUGUAACGCAUGGAUACAACGAUUAAGGCUUGGACCGAAUGUUAAUACACCGAUCAUAUGCAUUGUCCAAGUUCCUGAAAGAAACAAUGCGGAGGAGCUAAAGCAACUGAUGCAGGCAAACAUCAUCAACUGGAUCAUCACAACUCAGGAGAUCUCUGCCUUGAACCUCGUGCGCAUCAUCCGAUGCAGCCAAACCAGCAUACAAAAAUGCUUGGACACAUCAGCAGGGCAGAUAGUCGGCUACGCGACAUGGAGAGCAGAGCAACUCCGGGAAAGCCGAACUGCGAGCGUAAACGCUGACGGUGCGGUGCCCGAAGACACGCGCGAAAGGACGGAUACUACACAGGAAUCAAAGCGGGACAAUAAAGUUGCUAUGACUCCAACAAUGACGUCAUCCAUAACCCCGCCUACGCGUAAACGUCUGCGCGAUGAUUGCGCCAAUCGCAGUCCGAAAUGUACGCAGACUCAGAGAGAUGCAAACAGUGAUGAAAUAACACAAAAAAAAAUGUCCCAGCCAAACCCAUCGCAGAGAACCAAGCGAGCUAGACUCCAACACAAGGCGAAUGUGUUGAACAAGAAGCUUGACCGAGCACUGAUCUAUAUCUCGCGAGUGCAAAGCCUCCUGGACAGAAAGACUAAUCAUGAUCAGAAGCAUUUUGUAAAAAAAGACAUUCACAAGUCUUACUGAUUACCAGUGUUUAAAACAAUACAUAUAUUAUUAUCCUGAGGAAAUUCAACUUCUAAUAUUCUUGUUUUCAAUUUAAUUUAAUUCAAUUUCAAUUCAAAAUACUUUAUUUAUCCUUAAAAAGGCAAUUACAUAUGGUUGGACAGCUCAUUAAGAUACUUAGUAAAUUACAAGUCGAGUAAAUAUAAGAAUAUAAAUAUAUAAAACUUACAUCAAUUACAAACAACAUGUCCUUUUCUCAAGUGAAAUUGAUUGAUGUAAAAACUCAUCACAUCUAAAAACACUUAUUGUAAUUUAAAUGUACACCUGAUGAAUAACGUUAAUUUUUAAGACAAUGAUCUCUAGUUCCCCAAAAUGCAAAUAAUAUAGAUAUUUGCAUUAAAUAAAAAACAAAAUGGAAAUCCAUGUUGUACCCGUUUGUGCAAAAGUUGACCUUACUAAAAAGACUGAACAUUCCCAAACAUCAGUAUAAGGAGGCUGAUUCAAAUGGCCGAAUUAAGCUUAAGUUUGUUGUGAUGUAAAAAAAACUAAUACUAAAUUAUAGUAGAAAUAUUUCAGGGGCCAAAAGAUGAAAAUAGUGGUAGUGCAAUUAGAUGGAUUCGGCGCUAAUAAGAAACUCUUUUGAACAAUGAGAUUGGUUUUUGUGGCUAAAUAAGGUAUUUUCUAAGUAAUAUUAUGGUCUCUUUAUAUUGUCCGUUUACCUUUGAACAUUAUGCAAUACAAAUUCUCUUACUUUAAUAUAGGUAGAGCUUAUAAUGUCAAAACCAUGUUAAGAUGGUGAGGUUUAUAUCCAAAUAGAAGUGUUGCUGCAUACAUGUAGCACUUACAAAUGUGUAGAAUAAAAUAAAGAUAUUAAAAUGCUCACCGAUGAUAACA